ACUAAAAUUACAAACCGUUCUGCCUCGAUUUCCAGUAACCCAAGAGAUUUAUUGAAAUAAGAAACAAAUGUUUUUAGCUUCUUAUCCUCCGGUCAUCUAAGGUAAUAGUUCAGAUGAAGCAGAAAUUAUGUAUGGUGUUUAAUUAACUGCUUUUAUGACAAAAAAACAAGGCUAAUGUUUACUAGCUAACCACCUGUUGGUGUAAAGAGUUCCCUGUUUACAUUCAUGUUAGCGUCGUUUAUUAGCAGCAUAGUGUUCGUUUAAAAUUGCAAAGAGAGAUCUCUUUUUAUUUCAACUUUAGACAUGUAGACACACAAAAAGCUAUAUAAAGUUAACUUUAGUAAGACUGGUCGUUAUUUAAGCUGAGGAACGACAGUCAGGCGGUUCUGUUCUGAUGUUUGACAUCGAGGAGAAAUUCAACAAAGAUGUGUUCGGCCUGCGCAGUCUGAUCCAGGGAGCUGAGCUCUGCCACCAGAGUGUGGGGCAGAAACUAAGCCUGUAGGGAUGGCAUCUGCUGCUGCGAGAAAGAAAGGCGGCUGUGUUCGCCAGGAGAACGCCUGCCUGAUCACAGAUGAGCGGUUCCACAGCAACCUGGACGCCCUGCAGUUUGAACCAGAAGCUUCCGAUCUGCAGGUCCAUCACAGCCUCUCCAGGGUCAUGGUUAGCAGCAGCAUGGCGGCCAUGAGCGAACACAUCCAUCAGCUGGAAGCUGAGCUGGAGGCUCAGACUGAGGAACUGAAGGCAGCGGAGCUGAGGGCGGAGUCCUGCCAGGAAGCUGCCGCUCACAGUGAGGCUGUGGUCGCCACGGUUACCGAGGAACUGAGGAUGCUGAGAGAGGAACUGGAGAGCAGAACAGUGACAGGAAAGAGAGCUGAGCAGCAGAGGAACCAAGCUCUGCAAAAUGCAGAGAAACUCAAAGAAGCUUUCGACGAUUACAAAGACACGUUUUCCUUGAAACUCCAAAAGGUGGUGGAGAGUGAGACGACGCUGAAGGAGAGUCUGAUGGAGUCUAACAGAGAAAAGCAGGAGUUGGAGGUGAAGUUUUCUGUGCUGGAAAGAGAGCGAGCUGAGCAGAGCCAAACGGUUAGCCAGCUGCAGGAGGAGCUGAGGCAGGGCGGAGCGGCUGCGGCUCUCCUCCAGGCCCAGCUGGAGCAGGCGGCGCGCAGAGCCUCCCAGCUGGAGCAGCAGCUCUCAGAGCGGGGGGCCGAGUGCAAGGAGGCGGCCUCCCUGCGCAGGGAGGUGGAGGAGCUGCGGACGCUGACCCGUGACCAGGAGCAGAAGGCAACCCAGACCCAGGCUGAGCUGUCCGCCCUGGAGGCCGUCCUGGCUCUGCUGCACCUGCAGGAGGCUCCUGCAGGACCAACCUGCUCCAGUCCAUGCGUGCUGCCCCCAGUGGACUAUUCAGGAGCUGCACAUCUGCUGAAUCUGAAGCCAGGUGAGGGCUACCAGCAGCUGCUGCGGGUCCUGCAGGUGAAGGAGGCUGAGCGGCUCAAACAGCAGAGCCAGAAGGAACGUCUGCAGGAGCGUCUGAGCAGAGCCCAGGAGGAGAUCUCCUCCCUGCAGAGCUCCAUGGCCCAGAGAGCCUCCCACUACCAGAACCUUCACACGGAGCUGCUGGAGCGGGGCAGCCAGGCCACCGACGCUCAGAAAGAGUUAAAAAGAAAAAGCGCUCGGGUCGCUGCGCUGGAGAAACAGCUGCAGGAAAAAAGCUCUGCAUACAGUCUGGCUGCUCUGAAGAACACCGAGCUGGAAAACGAGCUGAAGGAGAAGAGCAGCAGCGUUCAGCACUACCAGGGUCUGAUGAGCAGAAAGCAGAAGGAGCACCAGAAGGCUCUGGAUCAGUGUAAACAGACUCACUCUAAGCACCUGGCUGAGCAACAGCAUAGGAUAGAAAUGCUGCAGCUGUCUGUGGAGGAGAGCCUGGCCCAGAUGUUGGAACUGGAGCAGCAGCUGGGUUCUGUUCAGACGGAGCGGGACAAGGCUCAGAAAGCUGCGCUGCUGCUGCAGACCUCUGUGGAUCGGCUCACUCAGGAGAAGCAGGUCGAAGUUCGACGCAACCAGGAGAUGCUGCAGAGUUUCAAAGAUCAGGCUUCUCACUCUGCCACCAUGAUAUCUGAGCUGCAGUCCUGCCUGUCGGCGUGCAAAGAGGAGCUGAACUCGUACCUGCAGCAAAUGGAGGAGCUGAAGAGGAAACAUGAGACGGAGCUGCAGAGGAAGAAUGAAAAGAUGUCUUGUUUGCAGGAGAAGCUGCACAGCACCAGCCUGGUCUGUCAGAGCUCCAGUGAGCAGAACCUGCAGCUGCAGGAGUCUCUGCAGCAGCAGCAGACCAUGCUGACCGAGAGCACGGCUCGGGUCUCUGAGCUGGAGGAGAGCCAGAGCCAUCUGCAAAGACAGGUGUCUGGUUUGGAGCAGCAGCUGGAGCGAACGUGGGCUUCUCUACAAGAUGAGGUCAGGAGCAGAGGCCUGGAGGCCCAGGCUGCGGAGAGGAACCUGCAGGAGACGACCGAACAGAACACACAACUCUCCAAAUCCAUCAGUCAUCUCAGAUUGAAGAUGGAAAAGCUGGAGGUGGAGCUGGAGCACCUGAGGAGCCAAGUGGCUGCAAAGGCAGAGCAGAUCAUCGGCUUGGAGGAGAACCUGCAGCGCACGCAGAGCCAAGUCAUCAGCAAGACCUCCACAGUUGAGGAACUUGAGGAGAAGCUCCAUCGCUGUGAGGAGGAGCGGCUCUGCAGCAUGCAGAGAGUAAAGGUCCUGGAGGGUGAGCUGCGCUCUGUGCAGGCGGAGCUGGACGACACCGUGGAGCGGGUGCAGGAGCUGCACGACGUCCUGCAGAGGACCCAGACCGUCUCUGACCAACGGCAAGCCCAGGUGGACAAACUGGGCAUGAGGCUGAGUGAGACCCAGAGGGAUUUGGAGGAGAGAACUCAUGAAGUCUUGGACAUGGACAACGCCCUGAAAGAAAGACAGGAGGAGCUCCAGCAAAGAGCCAAACUGCUCAACCAGCUGGACGAAGCCAUCAAGGAGCACAAGCUGGAGAUGGACAGGAAGGUGGAGAUCCUGCAGCAGGAGCUAAUGCAAAGAAACGCCAAGGAGUCAGAGGAGCUCAGCCGGCAGCUGUCCGAGUAUGAGCAAAGGCUUCAGAAGGCGCUGGACGAACUGGAAGCGAGUCGGCAUGACCGUGACGCUCUGAGCAGAGAGCUGGACGCCACCAAGCUGCAGAUCAAGGAGACGGAGGCCCAGCUGCGCAGCGUAGUGGAGGAGCUACUUCAAAAGGAGUCUGGGUGGCUGCAGGAGGAGGAGCGGCUGCAGAGCACGCUCUCUGCUCUGGAGCAGGAGCUGGAGCUGGAGAAGGAGCAGCACAGUAAAGAGCUGGAGUCUCUGCAGCAAACGCGGGGCCAGCUCCUCAAAGUGUCGGAGCAGAUCUCCUCCACCAUGCGCUCGUCCCAGGAGCAGCUCACCGCCACGCUCCAGCAGAGCCAGGCCCAGCUGGAGGUGGCCAGGGAGCAGUGCUGCCGGGUCAAAGCCCAGCUGGACCAGGCCGAGAUCGAUCUGGACUACAGCCGCAGCCAGGCCGGCCACCUGCAGGCGCAGCUGGACCAGAGCCAGGCGCAGCUGCUGCAGAGCAGAACCGAGCUGGAGGACAGCAGGGUUCUGUGUGAGCAGACCAGAGUCCAGAGCAGCCACCUCCAUGCGCAGCUGGACCUGCUCUCCGCGCAGCUGCAGCAAAGCCGAGCGCAGGUUUCCCAGCUCCAAACUCAGCUCCAAGCCUCGGAGAAGUCUGCAGAGAUGUCUGUUGAUUCGCUGCUCAUCAAGGAGUCAGAGGUGACCCGCCUCCAGGCCCGGAUCUCCAGUCUGGGACGAGCAGCAGAGAGAAAGAGCCUCUGCAGCCACUCUGCCUCCAUCACUGAGCCUCCGGAGCCCUCCUUCUCCUCUCAGCCGUCUCUUCCUUCAUUCAGACUCUUACCAGCCUCCGUCCGCUUGUCUCCACGCUCUCACCCGGCGCCCCUGCGCUCCCCGGCACACGACUGGCCUCAGAGCGCCAGCUUACACUCCUCCACGGACCUCCCUCACAACCUGAGGGGGGCGCUGAUCAGGGAGCUGUGGGACUCUUCCUCUGCGUCUGGUUCGACGUUCCCAGGGUCAACUGACCAAAGCUGGCGGGGCCUCAGCGCCACCGAGGCCUCGGCGACAUCCGACGCCUCGUUCGACCCGCUCACGUACAUGGGGGACAAACCCAACGACGCAGACGUCUGCGCAGAGGCACCGGCGGGACGGCAGGGGGACGACCAGCCACUCACUGAGUCCAGGAGGGAGUCGGAGGGGACUCUGGUGGGAGAGGACGAGGGAGAGAUGGGCAUGAGCUCACUGACCGGGAUGCUGAGGUUUGUGAAUCAGACUUUAGCUAUGCAGCAGGAUCCGUCUCCAUGGAGCCCCAUAAAGCAGACCUGACUCUCUGCCACUCUGCAGGUAACCAGGUGUUGACAGGACCGGAGUGUGACCUGUUAUGGUUUGGACACAUUAGCACAUCAAUAAGACGGGAAGAGCAGCUGAAGAUGUUCAGAGUUUUAUCGGAAGAGACCAAAAUGGACAGGAGGUGGAGUGUGUAUGUCGGAGUGUGUGUAUUGUUUGGACACAGAGUUAAAGAUACUUCCUGAGAAUGGUGAGGUUAUUGGACAAAGCUCAUUAAAUAUGGUGCUAACAUGGAGGGAAGAGAGGAAAACCUCAGUAAUGGACGGGAUGAGACCGAGGCAGAUGGUCUGAUGUGGUGACACUUAAAGGGAGAUAUACUCAUUUAAUAUACUUAAUACACCAACUACAUGUUAAUUUAAGGUACAGCUAAUUUAACAAUAACACCAGGACUUUGGGGGAGAUCCUUCUUGACUGAUUCAUGGAGUAGCACACUAUGCUAACUCAUUGUGUUUAUCGGCUUUAGGUUGAGUCCUCAGACUGACUCCACCUGCCACUACAUAAUUAUAUAGGCUGAAGUUAGUGAGCAUUAGCAGUGUUUCAAAGGCAUAUCUUUUUACUUGAUGGCUAGCUUGUUCUUGGUUUGCUAAGCUAACAUGAUGCGAAUGGUGCGUUCCAAUUCUACUGGAAAUCAGAAUUUCCAAUAUCCAUCAUGGAAAACUCAACUCCCAAACCUCCUCAGCUCAGAUCUCCAUCUUAACAAGCUGGAGAGUCCUGACCGGUCCAGACCUCAAAUUCCAGUUCAGCCAUGUCUAAACAUAGUACAGAUUUGCAAAUAAAAAUGUAUGCAAAACUUCCAACAGCCAUGAGGCUUUGCAAAGAACUUGGAGUGAGGAUUGCACCUUUGUCUGCUGAGCAGGAGGAGGCAAUCUGACUAAAUAUGGCGAGCCUCAGCGUUGAUGCUCCUCUCGUUUUUUUGUGUCCUACUUGUUACUUGGAAGAUAAAAUUUCCAAAAAACUGAACUGCAACGUUCCCCAAAGUCAGACCUAAUUACAGACAAUUUACUAAGAUGGGGCUUACCUCACCGCCCAACACCUGGAUUUCCAACAUGGCAGCCAACCUACCGAUUCAUUUAGAAAAAUAAACACAGGGCUAUCUCAAAGCAGUUUCUGGCUCCUCCCCGUUUUAGUUUAGAAUGUUGAAAAUGUUAUUAAAUAUACAAACUUCAAACAAAUAUCCAAAUGCACAUGGAAAAGCUCCAUAAUGUACUCACUGAUUUCAUCGUUUCCUCCUAGUGGACUACUGGUGGACUGUAGUUCCAACAGCUUAUAUCUAUAACAUCAUUUGUGGGCUUUGUGUUUAAAUGCACAGGAUGAUUAUUACCUUGUACUUGUAACAUAGUUGUACUUUUCUUUACCAGGAUUGAUUUGAAUAGAAAAUAUGAAAACAGGAAGUAAGAAAAAGACUGUACAGUAAGUAAGCAAGUAAGUAAGUAAACUUUAUUUAUAUAGCACCUUUCACAGACAUAAAAAUCACAAAGUGCUUUACAAAAAAGAAAACACAUCAAUAAUAAAAUUAUCUAAAAUCAAUCAACAAAAUUAACCAGCCAGUAACAUGAGUGAAGAAAUAAUAUCAUUGCUAACAGUAAAAACAGUAAGCUCCCGUCAGAAAGCAAAGAUGCGUAGCAUUGCUUCUUCAAUAAGGUUUGUGGAAUUUGAAUGCGGUGUCAUUGAAAUUUUGAAAUGUGUUGUCAUUUCCGUCAAAUGAAGCCACCGAGUCUUUGCUUCAGAGGAAACUGAAGUUUAUCAGUGGAUUUGCAAGGAGACGAUCUGCAGUUGCACCACAUCACAUCACAUGAGAGCUGCUGCAGAGAAGCCAGAGUGCGGGUUGUGUGCCAGAGUUAACCACAUCGGUACCGGCGCUCUGCAGCAGCGCUGAAAAGUGUGUCUGGCACGAGUUAACCGGAGAAGGAAACCCGUGAAAGUCAGUUUUUCAAUUUGACUAACAGAUUGCACAGGACAUUGGAUAAUAAAGCAGUAAUGCUCAUUGUUUGCUCACGGCAGAAUCAGGAUGUUAGCUCUGUGGGCUGUGCAACUCUGAUAACUUCUGUCAUCCAACAAAAGCCAAACUUUAAAGGAGCAACCUUCCAGCUGCAGAUUUACAACGUACGGAUUUUCUACACGGGUCUAUGUAUCAGACUCUGACAGAUUCAUUUGUGGCGUUCACAGUAAUAAACUAAUAUUCGUGAAGAAGCA